AUGAGCCUAAUAAAUUGCCUGAGAUUGACAAAAGAUGGAGAAGAAAAUGUGGGGUUGGAUGAGGUGCAGGAUAAGAGAAGGCCCAAUUUCAGAAUGUAUUUGAGGAAAGUGGAAAGAAGUUGGUCCGGUAACCUGAGGCCCGAUUUCAAGCCAAACUUUAGGAAAAUGAGAAGCCGGUCCAAUCUGGGGAUCCCCGCCAGGUUCAAGAAGAAAAGCCCACCAAAUUCUUUGCAUCGGAUCCAUAACAUAGGCCCAGGAUCAGGCCCAGAAUCGGGAUACGAUUCAGCACCAGUCACGCCAAGGCUGGUCAGGUGUAGCGGCAUGAGAAGGGAUUGGAGCUUUGAAAAUCUAAGGCGAGCACUCGAAGGCUGA